AUGGCGAGACUAAGGGCCAGAAAGCGGAACCAUGUCGACAUCAGUAUUGAGGAUGACGGCAGGGAAGUGAAAUCCAAGUAUUUCAAGAGUGAAACAAUAGUCAAGGAAUCUGAUGACGGAACAGAAUCAGUCUCCGCCGAAGAUACCGUCGAUAUUGAGUGGAUAAAAUCGCUGAACUCUGAAGAGUACUUCGAGUGGGUGUCUAAGGUCACCGAUGAUCGGCCUGAGAGAUGGAAUAAACCAUUGGAUCCCGACAUCUUUUUGAACCGACCUGAGGGGGCACCUCCAUUGCCAGAGAACUUCAUUCCAAUAUACACCAGAGUGCGACUUAUGAGGUCAAAGAUCAGGACGCCUGUGGAUUCUGUGGGUUGCGCAGCUAUACCUAUCACAGUUAAUUCGCAGUUCAACAUUUCGCAGAAUCAAAUCAAACCUAAGAACUACAGAUUACAACUUUUAGUCGCCCUGAUGUUGUCAGCUCAAACUAAAGAUGAGCUCAAUGCCGAAGCCAUGUCAAAUCUGAUACGGUAUUCAAUAGACGAACUCGAUAUCCCGGAGGGCCUCACCCUGGAAGCAUUACUGCGAAUUGAUGAAAAGGUUCUCGUCGAUCUGGUGAAGAUGGUGGGAUUCCACAAUAGGAAGGCACACUAUGUGAAGCAAACAGCAGAGAUCCUAGCGAAACAGUUCGACUCUGACAUUCCGGCUGAUUUGGUCGGGAUCCUCUCGCUUCCGGGAGUUGGGCCUAAGAUGGGGCUCCUGGCUUUGCAGAAGGCCUGGGGAAAGAUGAGCGGCAUUGGUGUAGACGUUCAUGUACACAGACUUUGCAAGAUGUGGGGCUGGGUAGACGCAAAGAAAUGCAAGACUGCAGACCAUACAAGGAGGGAGUUGGAAUCGUGGUUGCCAAAGGCUCUGUGGUAUGAGAUUAAUCCUUUGCUGGUCGGCUUUGGUCAAGUUAUUUGCAUGUCAAGGGGCAAGAGAUGCGAUAUAUGCCUUGCAAACGACGUGUGUAAUGCAGUCGACAAGAAACUACUAAAGACGAAGGAUGCAAAGAAAGGCUCCCAUAAAAUGCCUCUCAAGAGUAACAGAGGUGAUUUCUCACUGUGGCUGGAGUAUCUCGCCGAAAAAGACAGCUCUUUUAAAAUAAUAGAUGAAAAGGAAGUAGUCCAGCCAAUGGACGAAGGGUUUGCAUUCAUAAAGAAGGAUCCUGAUGAAGUCUGA